UGUCCAACCUCAUCAGCAUUUCAAACUGCCCACAAGCCACUACCACGCAUCGUCCACGUAUACGCCGCCCAGACACACCAUGGCAGACCAACGCACUGCCCAGGACGUCAUCGAGGAGCUCGCCCUCAAGCCCCACCCGGAAAAGGGCUUCUUCAUCGAGACCUUCCGCGACACCGCCACCACCUCGGCGACGUCCUCUCGCCCGCAGAGCACCCAGAUCUACUACCUGCUCGCCGGCGACGAGGGCGUCUCGCACUGGCACCGCGUGCUCGACGCCGUCGAGGUGUGGCACUUCUACGACGGCGCACCGCUGCGGCUCUCGCUGAGCUGGGACGACGGCAAGCCCGUCCGGGACGUCGUUCUGGGCCGCGACCUGUGGAAGGGGGAGAGGCCGCAGGUCAUUGUGCAGCGUGGGGAGUGGCAGCAUGCGCGGAGCCUCGGGGAGUGGACGCUCGUCGGGUGCACGGUCGCACCGGGGUUUGUGGAGGAGGCCUUUGACAUGGCGGAGCCUGGCUGGGAGCCCAAGGGCAGUGAUGGCAAGGCAUGAGUUCAUGGAUGUCUUGAGCAAAGGAGAAACGUGCAGAGAACACUGAUAUGCCAUUACUGGAAGGGGAAUCCACGGAUGGAAAUCUGCUACACAAUAGACACCCUCUCGAAACUGAGUUUCUCCCAGU